GUAAGAGAAAUGGAGGCUUAAAUUCUUAUUCAAAGAAUGCAUGGAUACAAGGGAAUUUACCUUGAGAGCACCUGACGAAUUAACAGUACAUGAUUCCCAAAAGAUAUAAAUUGCAUAUUCGAAUAUUUUUUCAGGGAGCCCAUUCAAGACAGAUUUUAAAAGCGAUCACUGCCAUUGUCAUCCAUUGUUCCAUCUUGAGCGUUAUCAUAUAAUUGAAGCAUGGCCGCUUCAGAAAGCUUUGAUUCAGUGAGAAAUCAAGUACACAAGGCACCCUCCAUGUUGGAAACUCUAGGCCGACGUACUGUUACUAGAUUUCUGGGAUCCUUCAUCUCCACUGGCUGCUUAAUCUUGCAGGAAGCAGGUGGCACAGAUCUCACUUUUGAGGGAAGUGGAGCAAAAUGUUCCCUAAAAGUACAUUUGAAAAUUCGCAGUCCCCAGUUUUAUUGGAAGGUGAUGACACGGGCAGAUGUAGGUCUUGCAGAUGCUUAUAUCGAUGGAGAUUUUUCCUUUGCUGAUGCGGGUGAAGGCCUCGUAAAUCUUAUCAUGUUACUGAUUGCCAAUCAAUCUGCUUCAAAAUCCAACAAGAAAAGGGGUUGGUGGACGCCGUCGUUAUUCACAGCUACCUUUGCAUCCGCCAAGUUGGCGUACCAGCGUGUUUUAAGGCAAAAUACUCUUACACAAGCUCGCAGGAACAUCUCUCGUCACUACGACCUGAGUAGUGACAUGUUUGCUCUGUUCAUGGGUGAAACCAUGUCAUACUCCACUGGAAUCUUUAAGACGGAAGAUGAAGACUUGCAAACAGCACAGAUGAGGAAAAUUUCUAUUCUGAUUGAAAAAGCAAGAAUUGAGCCGAAGCAGGAAGUUCUGGACAUAGGUUGUGGGUGGGGAACCUUUGGCAUUGAAGUCGUGAAACGAACUGGAUGUAAAUACACUGGCAUUACUUUGUCUGAGGAACAGCUGAAAUUUGCAGAGAAGAAAGUGAAGGAAGCUGGCUUACAGGACCAUAUCAGCCUUCAACUUUGCGACUAUCGUCAAUUGCCUGAAACUACUAAAUACGAUAGAAUCAUAUCUUGUGAAAUGAUAGAGCAUGUUGGACAUGAAUACAUGGAGGAGUUCUUUGGUUGCUGCGACAAAUUAUUGUCAGAAGACGGACUUUUUGUUCUACAGUUUAUAUCAGUUCCAGAUGAAUAUUACGAGGAGUACAGGCGGAGUGCAGGUUUUAUUGGGGAAUAUAUAUUCCCUGGUGGAUGCCUGCCUUCAUUCAGCCGGGUAAUAUCAGCCAUGAAUGCUGCCUCAAGGCUCUGUGUGGAGCAUGUGGAAAAUAUAGGAAGUCAUUACUACCAUACUUUGAGACGCUGGAGAGAAAAUUUCUUGGACAACCAGACCAAAAUUCUGGCCAUGGGAUUUGACGAGAAGUUCAUUAGGACAUGGGAAUACUACUUCGAUUACUGUGCAGCUGGAUUUAGGACAUAUACACUCGGAGAUUAUCAGGUUGUAUUCUCUCGGACUGGAAACAUUGAGACAUUGGGGUAUCCAUACAAAGGAUUUCCAUCAGCAUAUGCUCACUUGUCUUCCACACAAGGCUAAUCAACCAAUUCAGUUGUGUUCUCUUUUUUAUACCCUCAAGUUCAAAGAAGAAUUGUUGGGGUGGAUGAGAAUUUUCAUAUGUGUAAUCAAAUAAGAAAUAAUUGGGCAAUUUCAUGAUAUUUUUCUAUUA